AUGGAUGACCCUUCGAGCCGCCAACCCAAAAAUCCGCCAGGCGACGAGCCACAGCGUGCGCCAACCGCGACCGCCCCCGCCAUGCUGUCGGGCCUGCAAUCGUCCAUACCCAUACCGCUGCCUCGAGCUGGUCACGAGCUUCCCUUUGUGCAGCCAUCCUCGUAUCUCAGACCUAAAUUUCGGAGUCGUACAACACCCGUGCCCACGACGCCAAUGACUCCCAUUGAUGAAGAGCAGUUGCAAGGCCUGAAAGGUCUGCGCAACUUUCUUCGAGUAAGAACUAGUUACGAUGUGCUUCCGCUGUCUUUCCGACUCAUCGUGCUCGACAAUGACCUCUUAAUCCGGAAGAGCUUGGACAUAUUGAUUCAGAAUGGAAUCGUGUCCGCGCCUCUCUGGGAUUCGCAUCAGUCCAGGUUCGCCGGUCUUUUAACGGCUACCGAUUAUAUAAAUUUGAUCCAGUAUUACUGCCAAUUCCCGGAGCAUAUUGACGAUGUUGACAAGUUUAGGCUCAGCAGUCUUCGCGAUAUUGAAAGGGCUAUCGGCGUCCUCCCGUUAGAAACUGUGUCCGUCCACCCGUCGAAGCCGCUCUACGAAGCAUGUAGCCGCAUGCUGAAGAGUCGCGCUCGCCGAAUUCCGCUCGUCGACGUCGACCACGAAACCGAGAGGGAGACGGUAGUAAGCGUCAUCACGCAGUAUCGCAUCCUCAAAUUCAUUGCUGUCAAUACGGAGCAGCAUACCAUGCUCUUGAAGCAGACGGUGCGGGAGAUCGGGUUGGGAACGUACAAGAACCUUGCCACGGCCAAGAUGACCGAUUCGGUUCUCUCGGUGAUUAAUCUCAUGGUGGUACACAAUAUUUCCGCCGUACCCAUCAUUGACAAAAACAAUGUCGUGCUCAACGUAUUCGAAGCCGUCGAUGUUAUACCAUGUAUCAAAGGAGGGGUCUACGACGAACUGAAGUCGACGGUAGGAGAGGCACUGUCAAGGAGGCCGGAUGAUUUCCAAGGCAUCUAUACCUGUCAGGAGGAUGAUAGGCUCGAUUCGAUAUUUGUCACUCUACGUCAAUCUCGGGUCCACAGGCUGGUAGUGAUUGAUGAUAAUUGGCAUUUGAAGGGCAUUAUUUCCCUUUCGGACAUCCUCAAGUACGUCUUAUUCACUGGCGUUACUAGCGAGGAAGGUGAUUACUUCCCCCCUCCGUGA